CCCGUCUCGGCUGAAUGCGACACAGGAAGAUCCGCAUCGCGACUGCUGGCGAAGUGUUGCCAUAACAGGGCUAACGCUAAUGUUUGCUAACUAAUUAGCAGGAUAGGUGUUGUGGUGUGUGCGUGUUCCAGUCUGAACCAUGGAACAGUGUGCUUGUGUUGAGCGGGAGCUGGAGAAAGUGCUUCAUCGCUUUGUCAUGUACGGCCACCAGUCGGAGGAGAGGCUAGACGAGCUCCUGCGCAGCGUCUGCGAGAUACGAGGACAGCUAGUUGCUUUUGGAGUACAAGAUGCAGACUUAUCAGUCCUUUCUCAGACUAUGGCACAGUGUUGUAAGAAUAUCAAAGAAACAGUGCAGAUGCUAGCCUCCCGACAUAAGGACAUCCAUGGCAGUGUGUCAAAAGUGGGCAAAGCCAUUGACAGGAAUUUUGAUGCUGAGAUCAGUGCUGUGGUGGCAGAGACAGUGUGGGACACCCCAGAGAGACAGAAAUAUCUGAGUGAGACAAUUGUGGAGCACCUGUACAGACAAGGGAUGCUCAGUGUAGCAGAGGAUCUUUGUCAGGAGUCGGGUGUAGUUAUAGAUAUGAGUAUGAAGCAGCCUUUCCUGGAGCUGAACAGAAUCCUUGAAGCUCUGAGGAUGCAGGACCUCAGGCCAGCACUAGAGUGGGCUGUGACGAAUCGGCAGCGCCUUUUGGACCUGAACAGCAGUCUAGAGUUCAAGUUGCACCGCUUGUACUUCAUCAGCCUGCUCAGUGGGGGAAUCAACAACCAAAUGGAGGCCUUGCAGUAUGCCAGGCACUUCCAGCCCUUCGCCUCUCAGCACCAGAGAGAUAUUCAGAUCCUGAUGGGCAGUCUGGUGUACCUGCGUCAUGGCAUUGACAACUCUCCAUACCGCAGUCUGCUGGAGACAAAUCAGUGGGCCGAGAUCUGUAACAUCUUCACCAGGGAUGCCUGCGCUUUACUGGGUCUCUCUGUAGAGUCUCCACUCAGUGUUAGUUUUGCAUCAGGCUGUAUGGCCUUGCCAGUGCUGAUGAACAUCAAGCAGGUGAUUGAGCAGAGACAGUGCAGCGGAGUCUGGACGCACAAAGAUGAGUUGCCUAUUGAAAUUGACCUGGGGAAGAAGUGCUGGUACCACUCUGUGUUCGCCUGCCCGAUCCUCCGGCAGCAGACCUCAGAGAGUAAUCCUCCCAUGAAGCUCAUCUGUGGCCACGUCAUCUCCAGAGAUGCCCUCAACAAACUCACUAACGCUGGGAAGUUGAAAUGUCCGUACUGCCCCAUGGAGCAGAAUCCGUCACAUGCCAAGCAGAUCUACUUUUGAUACCGCACAUUUCCUCACAAGUAAGGAUGAAGUUCCCUGGAGCUCUUUGCAUUUCCAGGACCAUUUGCUCUGGCCCUUUUCCUCUGUCCCUGGCCUCUUGGCCUUUUUAUUGUAAGCAUUAAGGUUUUGUCCCAGUGCUCCUCUGGACAGCCUUGGCCUUCCCGUAACCCACCUCGGACCCUCCAACUUUGCGUAGUAUACAGAGUCCAGCGGGGAUGGUCCAACUACGACCUGUAGUAAAGAGAGGAGUCUGUCAGCAAUGAGAGCAUCCUCACAAAGAAGCACCUCCUGAAAAAGGUUCAUUCAUUGAAACUCAUUUGCAAAUGCCUGCAGAGUUAAAGGCUUAUCUUUCUUAAGUAUGUAAUACUUUAUAGUGUUUUUUUUCCGGCUUUAUAAAACAGUUUGAGUUGGAUGACUGCUUUUUUUUUUCUUCUUCUUUGUGACAGAAGCAGUUGAAUGAUUAUGGAUGUGUGGGUAAAUGGCUUAGUCAGUUUUCAGAAUGGUAAUAAAACUCUAUGAUACAUGAAAAAACCCACAGAAAAACAACUGUCGGAGGUCUAUUAUUUGCUGGUGAAGGAAACUGUGGAGGUUGCUCUUGAACCGAACUCUUGAUUGUGACCCAUUACUUCUCCAUAAUGUAAUAAAGGCCUCACGUAGCUUGAAAGUCACUGUUGGCUGAUGUAACCAUUUGAGCAGCAAAACAAUUCACUCAUCAACGGUGGAACAGCUUCUUGUUUCUUUUUCUUCUUCGUGACUGACUGCACCAGCAAGAUUUUUCUUCAUUGUAGAAGCUAUUUGUCUUGUUCUAUGUAUGUAUUUAACAAACAGUGACAGAAAGGAAACACAAAAUAUAUACUACUGUGAAAUGUGCUUUGUUUCUAUUUUUCAUUGCAACCGCCACAACGACUGAUGUAAAAUAGUCAAUUAAACUGAACAACAACAUGCAUAUGCGACACUACUGCGCAAUAUCGACUCAACAGUUCACAUCCCGGUUGUGCUAUCGCCUCACUCUGCCCGGCAUUGUGUACCCUAAGCGUGCAAGCCAUGUGAUUUGGAGAUGUAAAGUGGUGUGAUGGUAGCCGUAUGGUCUGACUUGCAGUGGCUGUGGGCAUGUGAUUCAGCUUUACUCGUCGUGGGUGGGGAAGUCCUCUGAUCAUUGUGGCUGCUUUUUUAAUAUAUACUUAGAAAAAUGCCUCUGCUGCAUUGCUUUUUAAGUCAAAAUAGAAACAUUAAAUAAAUACAUACAUUUCCUCAGGGCUCAUUGGAACAGUUCAUACCACAUUUUGCAGUUAGUAUUAAAGUUGUACAUUUCUAUAAGGAGUCUUGAACAAACAUGACACGGAUUUCACUGCUGAGGCUCAUGGUUUGGGUUGUUUAUUGGAGUUUGUAUAUAUUAUUCAGCUGGUGCUGUCAGCAUACAACAGGGGAAAACGUGUCACAAGGUCCAAGGCAUUUGGAUGUACCAUACAGUAUGUUCAGAUGACUAAUAAAACAAUUAAAAAAAUAAUUAAAAUGUGCAGGUUCCCCGUGUGUCCUCUGGAAAUGAUGUCACCUCACACUCUGGUGAGGCUCAUUUGUUCAACAAGCACCGCACCAGCAUAGCUCACACUAAUGAUGCAACAUUACACUCAGUUUUCAGUCAGAGUACGAGAUAUUUUAUCCUGGUUUUAUUUGGAAAUGGGUUAAAGCACAUGUUUUGUGUGGACUUUUGCUGAAUUUCCUGUUUUUCUUACUUUGGUUGACAAUCAUUCAUUGCUUCUCUUGAGUGUUCCCUCAGACCGGUAGCGCGCUGUACUUCUGUCGUAUUAAUUUUGUUGAAUGUUUGCAUUCCCUGCUUUUGUGUGUUAUGCAACUUUUAUUGUAAAUAUUUACCCUCUAACAUGUUUCAUAUACUUGCAUCUGAAAUGAAAAUAAAAAUGUAUACUCCAAGUCA